AUGUUGACGAAAUUCGUCGAUACAUAUGGAUGCAUCGGUCUUAAGCUGAAUCUGCAAAAGACGAUGUUAAUGCGGAACGGAUGGGUCUCGGAUGCCCCAUUCACGCUCAACGGAACGAACAUAUCCGAAUGCACCGGCUACGUUUAUCUAGGUCGGGAAUUGACCAUGAUGAACAACAUGAACCCCGAGCUGGGCAGGAGGAGACGAGCGGUUUGCGGAGCGUAUAAGAGCAUCGAGGAUGUAGUGAAUAAGAUCAGAAACCCCUUUCUCCGUGCUUACCUCUUCAACACCACCGUACUUCCCGCUUUGACCUAUGCUUCAGCAACCUGGGCAUUUCGCAAGCAGGAAGAAAACGUCAUUGAACGCGCAAUUGAGAGAGUGAUGCUAGGAGUAUCCCGUUUCACGCAAGUGAGGGACGUGAUUCGAAGUCCUCUCCUACGUCAGCGAUCGAAGAUUAGAGACGCCGCCGCGUUUGCCAAGGAAGGUAAAAUAAGGUGGGCCGGACACGCGCUUUAA